GCCAACCACAGAAGAAGAAGACCGCGGCGACGUUAAUUAGCCAACUGCUUCUUUUCCAGCAUCAUCGGUCUCCACCAUCACUUCUCUUCGGCUUAACGCCAGAAACAGGAUUCCGUUGUCAUCUGUCUUCUUAAACCUAAUAUCUGACACCAGUAUGUCUGACAAGAGUGAGCUGAAGGCUGAACUGGAGAGGAAGAAGCAACGGAUCGCCCAGAUUCGAGAGGAGAAGAAGAGAAAAGAGGAGGAGAAGAAAAAGAAGGAUGGAGACUCAAAGCGAGGAGCUGAGGCGGGUGGUGGGUCCUCAGGUGGUCAUGAAGACUCUGACCUGGAGAGGAAGAGGAGGGAGGCGGAGGUACUGCUGCAGAGUGUCGGCAUCACCCCCGACAUACACCACGUCCCUGCCCCCAUGUCUCCCUCCAACAAAUCAGUGGGCAGCGAUGCAGGAAGCCAAGAUUCUGGGGAUGGAAACGCAGGACCAAGGACAUUGCAUUGGGAUCCUGACCCCUCUACUCUGCAACUGCACUCCGACUCUGAGCUGAUGGGACGUGGAGCCGUGAGGCUGGGCAUGUCCAAAUUGACCCAGGUGGACUUUGCCCCGAAGGAAUUGGUGUCCUAUUGCAAAGAAACACAGACAGCCACCGAGGCACUGACGCACACCGACCAAAAAGCAGAUGAGGAAGAGGAUGAGGAGAUAACUGCUCGCCCAAUUGGAGAUGAUGCCCAGGAGGAGAAAGAUGAACACGGCGAACAGCAAGAGGAGGACACUGCCAAAGAGCUGACAGAAGAAGAGAAGCUGCAGGUCCUGCACUCCGAGGACUUCCUGUCAUUUUUCGAGCGAGGCAGCAGAAUUGUGGAGAGAGCUCUUGCUGAGCAUGUGGACGUCUGCUUCGACUACAGCGGCAGAGAUCUAGAGGACAAGGAAGGUGAUUUGCAAGCAGGUGCAAAGCUGGUUCUCAACCGACAGUUUGCAGAUGAGCGCUGGACUAAAAACAGAGUGGUCACCUGUCUCGACUGGUCACCUCAGUAUCCAGAGCUGCUGAUGGCCUCAUAUAACAACAAUGAGGAUGCUCCCCAUGAGCCUGAUGGUGUGGCACUGGUCUGGAACCUGAAGUACAAGAAGGGCACACCCGAGUACAUCUUCCACUGCCAGUCAGAGGUGAUGUCAGCUGGGUUUGCAAAGUUCCACCCCAACCUGGUGGUGGGCGGGACUUACUCCGGACAGAUUGUCUUAUGGGACAACAGGAGCAACAAGCGCACCCCUGUUCAGAGAACUCCCCUGUCUGCAGCUGCACACACACACCCAGUUUACUGUGUGAACGUGGUAGGAACCCAAAAUGCUAACAACCUGAUCAGCAUUUCCACCGAUGGCAAAAUGUGCUCCUGGAGCCUCGACAUGCUCUCCCAGCCACAGGACAGUCUGGAGCUGGUCUUUAAACAGAGCAAAGCAGUGGCUGUCACCUCCAUGGCCUUUCCUGUGGGCGAUGUGAACAACUUUGUGGUGGGGAGCGAGGACGGCUCGGUCUACACAGCCUGUCGCCACGGGAGUAAGGCGGGGAUCACUGAGGUGUUUGAGGGCCAUCAUGGUCCGGUGACCGGGCUGAGCUGUCACAGUGCUGGAGGACCCGUUGACUUCUCUCAUCUCUUCAUCUCCUCCUCUUUUGACUGGACUGUCAAACUCUGGAGCACUAAGAGCACACGUCCGUUGUACUCGUUCGAGGACAGUUGUGACUAUGUCUAUGAUGCCAUGUGGUCUCCAACACACCCUGCUCUGUUUGCUUGUGUGGACCUGGCCGGACGCCUGGACCUGUGGAACCUCAAUAAUGAUACAGAAGUUCCCACCGCCAGUGUGUGCGUGGAGGGCGCUCCGGCAUUGAACCGCGUUAGAUGGGCUCAAUCUGGUAAAGAGAUUGCCACCGGGGACUCAGAGGGGCAAGUGCAGGUCUACGACGUAGGGGAGCAAAUCUGCGUGCCCAAGGCUGACGAGUGGACGCGCUUCGUCAGGACGCUGGCUGAGAUCAAUGAGAGCCGAGAUGAAGCCGAGGAACUGGCCAACGUCUGAUGUUACAAACGCCACACUGACAACUGCUCAUACAUUUCUUUCUAGUACACUACGCCACAUAUAGCACACGACCGACACUGCCAGAGGAGCAGCACUCUCCUCCCUCUGGCUUCCAGCUUAUCAAACCUACUACUACAUGAAUUGGCCUGAGGAGAUUUGCAGAGCUA